CGUCUCCCACCCACUCACCGUUUCCACCCGAAUCAUUCCGUCCCAAGUCCCACCGUCCCCUCGGCUUAUCCCCCCUCCUCCCCGGCCUCCCUCCGCCAAGGCCGCCGGAGCCCGUCGCCGGAGGCAGCUGCAGGGAAGGACGCCGUCGCCGGACACAUGCGGGGUUGGGCUUCCCAGAUAGCUUGUCUCUUGCUGCACUAAGCUCUUCCAAUUUUUAAAAAUGGCAGCUCCCAAGCCCAUUGCUCGGCUUAUUUCCCAUGUCAUUCUUGAUUUAGAUGGUACCCUCUUAAACACAGACUGUGUUGUAAGUCAAGUGCUGAAACCAUUUCUAGUCAAAAAUGGGAAAAAGUGGGACAGCAAGAAAGCUCAUAAAUUAGUUGGAAAGACACCUUAUGAGGCAGCAGCUGUUGUUUUAGAAGAUUAUGGACUCCCUUACUCAACAGAAGAAUUUCUCUCAAUGCUUACUCCAAUGUUCAAUGAGCAAUGGUGCAACAUAAAAGCUCUUCCUGGAGCUAAUCGGUUGAUAAAACAUUUGAAGAGUAAUGGAGUACCAGCUGCUUUGGCUUCCAACUCACCAAGAUCAAACAUUGACGCAAAAAUUUCCUGCCAUCAAGGAUGGAAAGAGUCGUUCUCCGCAAUUGUUGGUGGUGAUGAAGUAGAGAAGGGGAAGCCAUCCCCAGAUAUAUUUUUGGAAGCUGCAAAACGAAUGAAUACAAAUCCUCCAAAUUGCUUAGUAAUCGAGGACUCCUUACCAGGUGUUGCAGCUGGAAAAGCUGCAGGAAUGCAUGUCAUAGCUGUACCUUCAGUCCCCAAAAGGACUGCUGAAUUCAGUUCUGCUGAUGAGGUGAUCAAUUCCCUCCUUGACGUAAAGCCUGAAAAAUGGGGAUUGCCACCAUUUAGUGAUUGGAUCGAUGAUACCUUACCAAUAGAACCAUGGUUUAUUGGUGGACCUGUGAUUAAAGGAUUUGGCCGUGGUUCUAAAGUACUAGGAAUUCCAACAGCCAACUUACCUGCAGAAAACUUCUCCGACGUACUAUCAGAGCAUACAUCAGGGGUAUACUUUGGCUGGGCUGGACUUUCAACGCGAGGUAUAUUUAAGAUGGUCAUGAGCAUUGGCUGGAACCCUUAUUUUGAUAACACGGAGAAGACUAUUGAACCAUGGUUGCUUCACGAUUUUGGUGAAGACUUUUACGGAGAGGAGCUGCGCCUUGUUAUUGUUGGUUACAUACGACCCGAGGCCAACUUUCCUUCACUUGAGAGCUUGAUAGAGAGGAUUCACGAGGAUGCAAGGAUAUCAGAUAAGGCCCUGAAUUUACCAUUAUACGCCAAGUAUAAAGACUCGCCGUACCUAAGAAAUUCCUUGAAGGAGGACAAUUCUGCUAACGGGAACCAGUCAGUGAUAGAUUCCAAGUGAUUCAACGUUGUGAAGUGAAAGACAUGAAGAAUUCUCUUUCGCAGCGUUGUUGAUGCAGAAAGAGCACUACUGUUCUUGUGCUUGUACUGCUGCAUUAUGUUCCAUGAAUACUUGGAACAUGCUCUUGACUACAAUGAGAAUACCAGUAAGGGUCUAUGUUCGUCAGAAAGUUGAGUUAGAAGCAGCCAACUACUAUCUUCUCAAAUGGUCACCUACUCCUAGAAUGGAAUGCACAAGAUGUCUGAAAAUUUGCACGUGUGUUGUGGCUCUGACCAUGUGAAGCUUAGGCUGUCUAUCUAACGUUCUGAAUUAACUUUUCUAAUAUGCAUUGAGAUUGGUAUUUCAUUACAGUGUGUAUAAAGAUAUACUAUAAAGUACUACUCCAUUCUAGAAAAAUGCAAAUCCUAGCUACGAACCUGGACACGCAUAUGUUUAGGCUCAUAGCUAGAAUUGGAUUCUUUUUGGAUGGAGGGGUAGAAAGCAAAUAAAGCUCGGUUAUUGUUGGUUA